UGGCCACUGUGACCAGAGACAAUAUUCGUAAUCUGGCAAAUUCUGCAUUUGGUUUGUAGGUUAUGUUUAGUGGUGAAUUGUCAAAUUUAGUGUUAAAUAUUUUCUUGGAAAUCUUAUAGAUAUGGAGUGGACUAAAUCCGAACGUUUUACUUAUUAGUAAUCGUGAGAUUUUGAACCUCAUUGAAUUGGACCUGAAAUUGUAAUCGUUUCGUCAUAAUGGCUGUGUAGAUUGCAGUGUCGCUUGACAUUGAGAUGUGAAUCAGAAAGUUGAUACGCAUUUUUGUAUAGAAUAGCUAUCAUCGUUGUGAGCGUAUAAUAGUUCUUAUGCAUCACGAAUGAUACCAGUUCACAACUCUUGAGUACACCAAUUAUAUCAAGAUGACGUCGAGUCAACUGUCCGUUAUUAAACUUUACAAUACCGUAGUAGAUGACGUUAUAGCCGGAGUGCGGGACUGUUUCUUAGAUGACGGUGUGGAUGAGCAAGUGCUGCAGGAGUUAAAACAGUUAUGGAAGACCAAAUUAACCGACAGUGGCGCGUUGGACCCGCCUCCAUUGGAACCGGCGAUGCCACCGCCACCAGUGUUACAAAAUUUCCAAAAAGCAAAUGGGAGCAAUGCGAUACAAAAACGUAUUCCGGAUGCGCAUAUGGCGCAGAGCUCGAGCCAUCAAAGUUCAGGCGCGGAGCAUGGAGCACCCGGCCCCAACUUGGCCGGCACUCAUCCCCACGUUUUAGACCCCAGCAAUAAAGUUCCAGUGCAAUUGACUCUUCCGGCGCAGCCUGGUGUUCCAGGAUCGCAACCACGUUCUUUCACUAUUCAAAUUCCAGCCUCGGCUCUUAACGGUAACAAACUUCAUCAGGUAUUGACUGGGCCCAUAAUCAAUGCAACAAUUAGUUUACCUCAGCCGCUAGCUGCAACUCUUCUUCAGCAACAUAUUAAUUCUGCACUAGCAGCGCAACAAAAUGAGUUUGAUGGUGGAGGGGGCGGCAGGAGCAGUGCUGCCCCAUUUUCCCUAGAUGGAGCACUGGAUUCUUCAGACGAUGAAGGCUCAAAUGGAGGUGAGGGCUCAGAUGAUGCAGCAGGGGAUGAUGAUGAUGAUGAGGAAUCUGGAGAAGAGCCAGCAGAGGAGGAGGAGGAGGAGCGGGAUGAGGAUGGUGGAGCUGAGGAGGAGCCCCUCAACUCGGGCGACGAUGUGUCCGAUGAAGAGCCCGGUGACAUGUUUGAUACAGAUAAUGUUGUUGUAUGUCAGUAUGACAAAAUUACUCGCAGUCGCAACAAGUGGAAGUUUUACUUAAAAGAUGGGAUAAUGAAUUUAGCUGGAAAAGAUUAUGUCUUUCAAAAAGCCAACGGAGAUGCAGAGUGGUGAAACAUUCUCCUACCAAAAAUACAAGUUGUGUGUAUUUUAAUCUGUAAGGUGUCUCAUGACUAGAAUAAUUCUUACCAAAUGAAAAUGUUUUACGGCAAGUGGUGAUCAAUAAUAUAUAUAAAUGUCUCAUGUGGUUAAUAGUGGACAUAUUGGCUUUUAUCAGGGA